GGUACCGCAGCGGCGCGUGCGACUGCGCCACUCCGUGACUCGCGCCAGUCUCGCCCGCACGCGUCCACCGCGCCGCUCCAGCCGCACGCGCACCGACCGAUUUUAUACAACUAGAAAAAGAAAGACAGGCUAAGGAAAGAGCUAUUAGAAAGGAAGAAAAAAUGAAGAGCGCAAUUUAUUUAAUGGCCUUACUGGCGAUAGCGGCGACGGCGCCUGCACCGCAGCCCGACCCCGCUGCGCAGCCCGACCCAGCACCCGCGCCCUCCGAUGACAACAGACCAGAGAUAAUCGAAAUCAUUGCGCCCGCCGCUAGUGCACAGGAAACGCUCACCACGCUGAACCUCGGCGCCCCCGGUUCUGACCUCAGCGAACGCAACAAGCGUACUAUUGGCAUUUUGAGACAACUCUUCCCUACUCUUACACAGAUAAUCGAACAGAAAGUACAGGAGAUCACCAGCAUGGUGCUGAAGGUAUUCGGGCCAGUGGUGCUUCGCGCCUUCCUAGGCAACCGCAAUGGCGGUCGUAGCAACAGCGGUGGUGGCACGAUCGAUCUGGACGAUGAAGACGACGAUGACGACGACGACGACACGGUCGCGUCUACCACCACGUCGGCGCCAGACAGACGCAAGCGGGCGCUAUUCUUCCUGCCGAAUGCGAUCGCCGACGAGAACCAACUUCUAUCGGGAGCCGAGUCCCAGCAAGCCGAAGUACGUGUUGCCUUCGGAGGGGAUCAGGCAGCCAAUGAUGACCAACAAACCGCUGCGCAGACCAAUUCAGCUUCUAUUGACGAGAUCUCAUUAGACGAUGCUGACGAAAGCGAAGAAAAUAGAAACAAAAGAUUCCUUAACUUUGGAGGCUCAAGUUCGACCGCAGGAGGAGGCGGCUCCGGCAACUUCUUAUUUGACAUCGUCAGACGUCCAGCAGAAGUAGUGGCGCGCGCUGCAGGUUCCGCGUUUCGUCUAUUUGCGGGCACCGACUCUCUCAACGUGGGUCUGACCGCCUCCCACUCCGCCACCCUGGACCCUAACGACGUACCACAACUAGUAGCGGGUUCGUCGUCCGGAUCAUCAUCGGGCGACGCCGGCGGCGCAGCGGAAGGUGAAGACAACGGCGGCCCGAAGGGUGACAACCUGACCGAAGGUGUUCCCGGCCCCAUCACGCGUCUCUUCAUCAUUGCCAACCGAGGCAUCGCCAAUCUCAUUCAGGACCUCAUCCUUCGCAUCGCGCAAACCUCUGAGAGAAUAGUCAACUUCAAGGCGCGAUUGAUUACCUCCAUCAUUUAACGCGUUUGCUUUUAGUAUAAUAUCAAGAGGCUUCGGUCAUCGCGCUCUCGUAUCGCGACUCGGAUUGACUCGUAUGAAAUCGAUCUACAAUAUCGGUUUCAUAACGAGUACGAUUCGAGUUGUGAUACGAGUCAGAAAGUCGACAGAGUGUUACCGCGGCGAACACUCUCGCUACUUGACUGAACACGAAAAUAAAUAAACCCAUUCGGGUGCUUUCUAUCGUUACGAUUGUAUCGAUUGAAAGACAAAAUUAUAAUGUUGAAAAUUAAGAAAGGCCGCAUACAAACUUGAGACAUACAUAUAAUAAAUAUCGCAUUUGUUUCGAUAGUCGUCAGCAAUAUUUAAGCUAAUAAAACGUGUAAUUUAUUAUUCGCAGGUAUUAUUUGUGAGCGGUAUUUAUGUCUCAUUUUUAAAAUAGUAAACCACGUCUACAGACAGAUUUGUAUUCAUAUUUAUUUCAUAAAAAUACCUAUUAAUAUUUAUUAAUGUUAUUUUGUUGUCUCUCUAAAUAAUAAACAAACAUUUUAUGUUCAUUUUUCAUGCAUCUUUCUAUCAAUUAAUGAAAUUGGAACUUUAUUUUCACCGUAGAACUUUUAAUUGCAACUUAUUUUUAUUUAAGAUUGGGGUAGAGGGUAUAUUACUAAAUACUGGUAGUGUAUUAUGUCUGAGAGGAUUCGCCACUUAUCGGCGUCGAAGCAAAUUGACCUGUAUUUAUUUAUGAGGCUUAGCUCCUAUGAGUUGCGAAGAGUCCUUCGACGAGCUACCGUUUUAGAGAACAGUAAGCAGAGUCCGAUUUUUCCAAUCAACGAAACAUUAUUGGAUAUAAUAUAAAGUAUGUAGUUUAGUUAAUCAGAGGGUUCGGAUGUUAGUGCUCUUAAUUUAAAGCCUUUGAAUCCAACAAAGUGGUCUACUGUAAACUGCAGUGGUACAUUACCUGAUAUAUUAAAGUUGUUUUUGUGUGCACUUAAGUCGGGAGUGCGCUGCGGCCGAGUCUCAACUAACUAUUGUAGGUAGAUUUGAGGCGGCAGAGCCGUCUUGCUCAAGCUUUUUUUUACAAUGUGACAAUCUCGAUUCGUUUUUACGUUUGUAAAUAUGUAUUAUAGCGGAAUUUGUGUAAAAUAAAUGAUUAGUAAAUAGUU